ACCAACCGCUCAAUCAAACCUAUGACUACAUGAAAAUAUAUAUCGGGGAGCCAAUGGCAAAAAUGGGCUGCUGAGAGGACAAGGCAAACGAUCGACCAGGAAGCCAAAACUAGAUCACUCUGUUCCCUCGAAGUUUCGACUCACUUCCUGUGGUAGCCUAUCGACUCAAAUUAUAUGAUGAGUGAUAACCCAAUCGCGAAACUCGGGCUCUCGUGUCCCAACGGGGGAAGAUUCUACAUAUGUCAAGACAGCGACGUGCGGUUCCUCGGAUGCUGUGAUAUCGAUCCAUGCGCUGAUGGAUCAGGCGAUUGCCCCAGCUCGUCGUUGUACGGGGCCAGCUUCAACAAAGACAGCUAUAAUAACGUGGAUGCUCAAGACUGCAUCAGUCCGUACGGAUCUAGCACCUGGUGGACAUGUCAAAACGCGAAACCGCCCUUCAUUGGCUGUUGUCUGAACAAUCCCUGUAAUGAUGGCUGCGCGGAAUUUGAUGUCCUGGCGGCAAGAUUGAGCGACGAUAGCAGCAAGGCAGCGCCCUUUCUAACGUCUUCGUCGUCCUCGUCCCCCUACAUUACCACCACCUCCUCAAGUGCGACAAGUGAAACACCUACAAAUGUGAUGUCAAUCAACACCGAUAUCAACCGGAGACGACGCAAGUAGUACGACUACCCUCAGUGGGAUCUCUCCUACGGCCUCCGUCGUUGUAUUUGUGGCCACCACAGCUGCUGCAUCCGACUCCUCUCAGUCAUCCAUGCCCAUAGGGGCUAUUACAGGUGGCACCGUUGGUGGAGUAAUUGUGCUGGCACUCCUGGGAUUCCUCCUUUUCUUCUGGUGCCGGCGGAAGGGCCGCGAGAACAAUCAAGCUGAUCAAAUGGAAGUAACGCGGGCACCGCAGCCGCU